CUAUUCACUAAACUUGAUCAACUCUCUCUCUCUCUCUCUCUCUCUCUCUCUCUCUCUCUCUCUCUGUGCCUGCAAAACAUGGAAACGGAAACCCUCCUACCGAAGCGGAGAUCCGGUGGCUUAAAUAUGAACUGGCGGCGGAUGAGAUACCAGCGACUCGGCGGCAGCGGCAGUAUCCUGGAGAAAGUGCGGAAGAAGAAGAUGACGAAGAUGGUUUGGUUGAAAGGAUCGCGGAGGUAUUUGAGGAUCAAGGCAAUCCCAAAGCUGAGAUUGGUGGUUAGGUCGCCAUUGAAGUUAUUGACUAAGCUGAAGGAUGCUUAUAUUGACUUGAUGUUGAGGUUUUCUGGAAAAGUAGGAGGAGGCUUGAUCGGUGUUGGCGGCGGCGGCGAUGGCGUGUUUGGCAAAAAGAGAAUCCCAAAAGGUCGUCAAGUGACAGAUAGAUUUUCCAUGUCUGAGUUUGAAGCUAGGCUCAUCUUUGAGAUUUCCAAGGUCUUGGUUGCUUCUCGUGAAUUAAAACCUAUGUAAUAUAAUCAUCACCAUCUUCUGCUUUCUUAAUUUCCCUCUAUCUGUUUUUUUUUUUGGUUAAUUUGUUCAUAUAUUAUUUUCCUUGAAAAAAUUUCAUUGUUAAUUAUUACCCGUUGUUAUAUCCGUCAGCAAAUGUUCAGGGAUGAAUUAUCAAGAACUGUAUGUUUUUAUUUUUUUUUAAUUUCCUUCGGGAAAAAAAAUUUGAAACCUUAGGUGUACUCUCUUCCUUGGUAUUUAAUCAUUCCAUUUAUUUUUUA